AUGCUGCGUAAUCUUAUUUUACUCACUUUUCUCGUCUCCCAGGGACUUUGUCAGACGCCCGUCAUUGGCGGAACCUGUAAACUGGGGACGGCCGAUGUGCAAAUCGGUGGAAAGCAGACGCAGUUCUUCCUGAAGUGCGAAACCACAGCCGACAGUGCCGAUGGUGAAGGUGUCUGGGUUGUGAAGUCCCGUGCCGCCGCCGCUGCUGCUCCAGCUCCAGCCACCCUUCCAACCGAAAACACGCAGCCACAACAGCAUCCGAAAGCCCGUAAACCAGCUUCUCCGAAUAUUUGUGAGCAAGACAACGGAGCCCGCGAGAACGAGGCAUGCGCCGUGUCGGCCACUUGCCUUCAGGCUCACAACGACUUCCCAUCAUCGUAUCUUCAAUGCGACCAAACAACUCUCCGAUGGGUCCGCAAGUCGUGCCAAGAAAACUUCUUGUUCAACUUUGAGCAACAAACCUGUAUCGUUCCAAAGAGAAUGAGCUCCCUUUCUCGUAAGUUUCCAGAUAACCUUAUCACUCUCCCUUUCUCCAUUUUCACAGCUCCUCCUUCUUCCUAUUCUAAUUCUUCUAACCCUUGCUCCAAAUGCCCUUUGGGAUCCGCUUGUCGAGAUGGCAAAUGUAUCCCACUAACAACAUCUAAUUUGUGUUCUGAUGGAUCUCCACCAAAUAACACGUGUCCAAAGGACCCGUCACAGUGUCCCAAAGGAUACAUUUGUACCGCCCAAAAAGUAUGUUGCCCAUCGACUGCUCUUCAAUCUUCAAUCGGAUGUUCCAUGGUCUGCACUAUCGAUGAAUCCUGCCCAAAAGGAAUGACAUGCCAAAACAACUGUUGUGAAGAAAGGAAAAUUCUUCGACACCCAAAAGUUUAUCGAUAUGCGACUGUAGAAGCAACGAAUACAAUUUUCGAAGUGGACAAUGACAUCUUCGAUAGCGCUGCAAUCGAAUCAUUCCCAACCCGAAGACCCCAGAAGCUGGAAGAAGUUAUGGCACCAGGCAUCACACCGACACCAACACGGACCACGGAGCCUCCGAAACUUCGAUGUUUGAGCACGGACGAAUCGAAUUCAUCAGACGGAGCAACAACAUCCUGUGGAGGUACCAAUGCAAAUUGCACCAUCGAUGAGGACUGUCCGAUUUCGUUCAAAUGUUCACAGGGAUGUUGUAAAUUAGCAAAAUGUCCGAGAAGUCUCGUCGAUGUUCGGUUCACAUGCACUAGUCAGUAUCACUGUAGAUCAAAUGAGCAUUGCAUUUUUGGGGGAUGCUGUCCAAAAAAUAUAGAAUUGGCUGUUAUAAAAUCUGGACCAGAAACUAUGGAAAACAAGGAAAAGCCUGGAAAAAAUGAGAACAAAACUCCACUGGAACCACCCAAAAAGAUAAUGAUCGGAGAUUGCGAAAUAGACCCCAGAGUCCGAAAUUGUGGAAUUGAGAACGUCUGUCCAGAUAUGUCCGAAUGCGUAGAUGGAGUCUGCUGCAAACAGCCUCCAUUGGCCAGAUGCGGAAAUGGAUUAAUGGCUUUGACGAUUCCAGUAACAUGUGAUUUAUCAGAUGACUGUCCGAUAUCAUCAAGGUGUGAAUAUGGAAAGUGUUGUCCAUUGACGUCUUCGGAGGAAGCUUCGGAAGCUUCCGAAGACAUUAUCAAAGAAGAAGUGACAUCAACAGCGACAAAAGUGUGGAAGAAAGUGAAGAAAGUGGAAAAGGGGGUUUCCAUUAAUAAGAAUAACUGCCUAUCCUCUCAAAUAUGCGAUCUUCACACCCUAUGUCCUCCAGAAUUCACUUGCUCUUUGUCUGGAAAAUGUUGCAAACUAAAUGUUCGUUGUCCAGAUGGUACCGUACCGGAAACAUCAUGUGAAUCCGCAAACAAUCAUGAUACAUGCCCAUCAUCCUCUCAUAAAUGCACACUUCUGAAUCACGAACAUUUCGCUUGCUGUUAUAGCCCUGGAUUGGUAGUCGAAGGAAGUGUGUCCGCAUUGGUUUCCUCUGACUCGGACUGUCCAAUGGGAUCCAUAGAAGUUGAUCCUCGAUUUGGAAACUCUUGUCGAUACAGCUUACAGUGUCCUUCUCCAUAUUUCUGUAAUCAAAAGGGCAGAUGUUGUCAGCUAGUCAACAAGCCAACGGACUCGUGUGCACCUUCUCCAGCUGCUCCAACUCCAACCCAUGCUCCGUGGGAACCUGUAACAAUGGAUACUGCUGCUCGUCCGGAUCCAACUCUGCCCCAAUCAUUGGUGAAUUCUGACAGCACCACUAACCAGACUGCUUCCACUUCAAAUUCCACAAAAAAACACAUCUCAUCUUCUAACAUGAAAAAGCACAGAAAACCUAAAAAGAAAGAACAAUCACCUUCUGAUCCCCUCCUCCCACAGAAUGAUUUUCCAAUCGGACCGCCCGGAUACGGGUUCCCAGAGCACCUCUCCAAAUUGGACGAAGUGCUCAUUAGAGCUCAAGGCGACGGUGUAUCAUGUGCUGGUGGAUUCCAAUCCUCUUUGAUAUGCUCUGCCGGUUCGGAAUGUCCAGCCGGAUUGCACUGUGACACUGCUAUUAACCUCUGCUGCCCGCUUUUACUCCCACUCACUGAUCCUAAGAAUCCAAAGAAAAGAAAAACAAAAAGAAGGAAGCAGAAAUUGGAAGAAUUUGAAGUUGCUGAGUCGCCAGUUACCAAGGAACCACCAGCCAGAUUCUCAUCUUAUACUUGUGGAUGCAGUAAUACCUUUUUUACAAUUGCACCAGCACCAUCUAACAAAUCUCAACCUCCUUUAAAUUCUAACAUUUCGAUUUCAGUGAGCGGAGGAUCCAGCAACUGCGUCGGAUGCCAAAACGCCCCACAAAUCAUCACCAUCCCACAAAGCUCGUGCCCAGGAGGUGGAUACUCAGUCGGAGGAUGCAGUUCCGGAUAUUGUGCCACUGGAUACAGUUGCAUCCAAAACCAAUGUUGCCCAUCCUACAACUCUGCUCCAAGAAUCUCAGUUUGUUUACGAUUUUACAAGUUCAAAAUUUCAGACACCUGCCCAUCUGGAGGAAACGCCGUCGGAGCCUGUAUGUCCGGAAGAUGCGCCAGUGGAUACACCUGCAGUAACAACGUCUGCUGCCCACAAACCACCACCACCAACCCAUUCGUCUGCCCUGACGGAACCCAAGCUGCUGGAGGAUGUGUCAACGGACAAUGCGGAACUGGAUACACUUGCUCUAACGGACUCUGCUGUGCUGGAACCUCCACCACUGUCAAGUGUCUCGAUGGAUCUGACGCCGUCGGAGCUUGCAUCCCAUCUUGCACCGGAGACGGAUGCGGAGGAGUUCAAGUCUCAUACUACUGUGGAUCUGGAUACACUUGCACCACCGGAAACAUCUGCUGUCCAAUCAACAGCUGUCCAAAUGGAGGAGAAGUUCUUGGCCCAACCAUCAACGGACUUUGCCCAACUGGAUACACCGUCCAAGGAAACCUUUGCUGCUCUGCCACCUGCUCUGAUGGAUCCACUGGACUCGCCGCUGUCAAUGGAGUCUGUAUCGCUGGAUACACUCUUACCAAUGGAGUCUGCUGCCCAUCCUCUGUUACCUGUACUGAUGAGAUCUCUAUCGGACCAUGUACCGGAACUGGAUUCAACGGAGGAUGUCCAGCUGGAUACGCUUGCGAUUCCAACAAUGUUAACUGCUGCCCAGUCGUCACUUAUGAUGUUGAGAGUUGCCAAGUCGGACCAGCUAUUGACGGACUUUGCCCACCAGGAUAUGUUGUUGUCUACAUUCCAAACAGUCCACUCAUCACCAACGGAGUCAACCCAGGAACCUGUAUCGAUCUUCAGUGCACCACUGGACUCUGCGCCGCCGCUAACCAAAUCGGAGAAUGCGACACCACAACAGACGCCGGAACCUGCCCAACUGGAUACACUUGCUUCACAAAUGCUGGAAUCUGCUGCCAAACUACAACUUUCAGCCGUCUUCGUAUCGGUAAUGCUCGACAAAUGGCUCAGAAGCCAAACUACGGACGUCCACUUCACAGCUACAUGCCUCCUCGCUUGGGCGGACCAUCCCAAUCUUCCUCAUGCUGUGAUGGAUCUCUCUCAUCCGGUCCAUGCAUGAAUGGUCUUUGCGGAAUCGGACUCGAGUGUCAAAACGGACAAUGCUGUUCUCCAUCCGCCAACAACAAGCCAGUUGGAUUCUUACAAAGCAAAUGUCCAUCCGGUGACACCGCAGUCUCCGGAUGCUUCCCCAAUGGAUCAUGUGGAACCGGUUUCGAGUGCGUCUCAUCAUUGAAUCUCUGUUGUCCACCAGGUCAACCACAAACGUUCCCAUCAUUCCCGGGUAACAAUGUCAACAACAACAACAACAACAACAACAACGGUUUCAACACCUUCAACAACAACAACAAUCGAUUCGGAUCUUCGUCGAUGUCGCCGCGACCCAUCGGCGCCCGUUGUCAACUUGACGGCGAGUGCGUCGGACACAACGACGGGCUGUCGAUGUGCCACGCAGGAGUGUGCCAGUGUUCUCCGAUCGCCUACACGCAAGGAAUCGCAUGCGUUAGACGAAACUUUCCAAAUGAACGACGACCCAGUGAUCGACGCCGCCGACAAGUCCAACAGCGUCCAGAGCGUCAGCGUGUGAAGCCGUCGAAAGCCGACGAGCUGAAACGUGCCAUGAAACGUCUCUGCGCUCUCUACUACUAUACUAGCUCCUAA